CAAAAAUUGAAUCGAAAAAAAAAAUCUCAUUUGUUGUUGUGGUGCGGUAGCCGAAAGUUGGUUCUGUUUCAAACCUCCCGAAGCCAAUUUUGGGGACCCGAAAAAAGUGCAGAUUUCUCACACAAAACCGUGCACCGAAGCCCUGUGCGGAGUUCCACAUUGAACAACCCACCAAAUGAUUGCAGCAAAUUGAAAAAAAAAAGAAGUUUAUCGAUCGGACCAACAAAAAAUGCAGUUUACAAGAGAUUUAUUAUCAAUUGGUAGCCGGACAAAACAUCUACUCCACUGUGUAUUGUUCGUGACGAUUUUGGUCCUUUUCCAAUAUUUUUCCAGUACUUUAAAAGUGCCGGAAGCGUCUUUGGCUGAAAUAGACCCUUGGAUCCAGUACGGUAUUUUGGGUGCCUGUAUACUUUACGCCUUAAGAUUCGUGACAUUCCUAUCGUUGCCUCAAGUAGUUUUUAAUCUUAUAGGGCUGACUUUUUACAAUUGCUUUCCGGACAAAGUUACGUUGAAAGGGUCACCCUUGUUGGCCCCGUUUAUAUGUAUUCGGAUCGUUACGAGGGGCGAUUUUCCCGAUUUGGUCAAGCACAAUGUUAAUAGGAAUAUGAAUAAGUGUAUCGAUGCCGGGUUGGAGAAUUUUUUGAUUGAAGUUGUGUCGGAUAAGUCUAUUGGGUUGGAGAGCCACAGGAGGAUUAGGGAGCUGGUGGUACCUAAAGAUUAUCAGACUUCUUCGGGAGCUUUAUUCAAAGCCAGAGCCCUCCAGUACUGCCUUGAAGAAAAAGUCAACAUCCUCAGCGACAACGACUGGAUCGUCCACUUGGACGAAGAAACUCUACUCACCGAAAACUCGGUACGAGGAAUCCUAAAUUUCGUAAUGGACGGCAAACAUCACAUCGGACAAGGCUUGAUCACCUAUGCCAACGAAGAAGUAGUCAAUUGGAUCACUACAUUGGCCGACAGUUUUCGAGUUUCUGACGAUAUGGGCAAAUUACGGUAUCAAUUCUACAUGUUCCACAAGCCCUUGUUCAGUUUUAAGGGCUCGUUUGUUGUCACACAGGUCGCAGCAGAACGUACAGUAUCGUUCGACAACGGCCGCGACGGAUCGAUAGCCGAAGACUGUUUCUUCGCGAUGAAAGCCUACAGCAUGGGCUACAGCUUCAAUUUCAUCGAGGGCGACAUGUGGGAAAAAUCACCUUUUACCCUAAUCGAUUUCAUCCAGCAAAGAAAACGCUGGCUCCAAGGAAUCCUGCUAGUUGUUCAUUCCAAACAAAUCCCAUUGAAAUACAAAUGGCUUUUGGUUUGUUCAUGUUAUAGUUGGGUUACUUUACCGUUAUCGUUGAGUAAUGUUUUGUUAGCAGCUAAGUUUCCUAUUCCUUGUCCAGUUGCGAUGGAUUUUGUUGUGGUUUUUAUCGGUAGCGUCAACGUUUAUAUGUUUAUUUUCGGGGUGCUAAAGUCUUUUAACUUGUACAGGUUCGGGUUGGUUAAGUUUAGUUUAUGUUUGUUGGGCGCGGUUGCCGUAAUGCCUUUUAGUUUAAUUAUUGAAAAUAUUGCGGUGAUUUGGGGCUAUUUUGGAAACAAACACAAAUUUUAUGUGGUCAAUAAGAGUGCGGGCACCCCGGUGACUGUUUGAAGGGUUUUUUUCGGGUUUUUUUUUUUCUGUGAUAGGUAAAUAUUAUGUAGGGUAGACAGGCGAUCUCAUUCUAAAAAAAAGGUUAAGCAUUAUCAAGACGCAAUAAUAUUUUUAAUUUUAGUUGUAUGGUAAUACUACACUUAAUGCUGGGACCACAAAGGUUUUUACGUUCGGAAUAGGGAGAUUGAAUGUAAUUUUGAUAAUUUUCAAUUGAGAAAUCGUGUACAAUCUCGCAACACUGCCUGAUAACUGCGAAUGAAAUUCUAGUUGAGCAAAUUGGAAAAAUUGUGCACAAUCUUGCAACACUGCCUAAUGACUAGGAACAUU